UGCAAAGGACUUUGGCUUCUUUCUCUCUGCAGAAAACUCCAAACUCUCCAACACCAAACAGCAUACCUUCUUUGUCUACUUCUACAAAGACACCCCCACCAUGUCCCUUCUCACUCACCUGUUGGCGUGUCUGUUUGGGAUGGGUUCCUGGGUCUCCAUCAACGGCCUGUGGGUGGAGCUGCCCCUCAUUGUCCCUGAGAUCCCAGAGGGUUGGUACCUGCCCUCGUACCUCUCCGUCCUCAUCCAGAUGGCCAACGUGGGGCCACUGUUCGUCACCCUGAUGCAUCGCUUCCGGCCUGGUGCCCUGAAUGAAAUAGCUGUCAUAUAUGUGAUCAUCGGCCUUGGCACUGCGGCGAGCUUCCUGCUGGGCUUCUUCUGGAAGGAGACUGUCGUGGUGGCCGGUGUUCCUCGCAGCGUAGCCCUCCUUGUCUUAACUUUCUUCCUCGCUGUUGUUGACUGCACUUCCUCUGUCACCUUCCUCCCCUUCAUGAUGCGUCUCAAGACUCAGUAUCUGACCACGUACUACAUUGGGGAGGGUGUGAGCGGCCUGCUGCCUGCUCUAGUGGCUUUGAUUCAGGGUGUUGGGGUGGUCCACUGCAUAAACAGCACCCAGUCUCUGAGCCACACACUUAACUCCUCCAACAGUUCUGUGACCUUUGACCUCCGGGCUCAGUAUCAGCCAGCCAACUUCUCCGCUGAGGUGUUUUUCUUCUUCCUCAGCGCCAUGAUGCUGGUGUGCCUGGCGGCAUUCCUGCUGCUGAACUACCACCCGUCUGUGGCCAGGGAGCUACCCAACGGUCAAUACACCAACGGGGUGAAGGAGAGGUCUCAGAGUAACAGGAAGUGGGUGGAGCAGAAGUCCAUGAUGGAUCCAUACAGACCUACCACUCAAAAGCGCAGAAGCAGCUUUGGCACCGGCUCUUACAGCUGGACGCAGGUGUUUUACAUCUUUGCGAUCCUGGCCUGGGCGAACGCUCUGACCAACGUGGUGCUUCCCUCUGUGCAGUCCUACUCAUGUCUGCCGUACGGGAACAACGCUUAUCACUUAUCAGCCACCAUGGCUGCUGUGGCAAACCCUCUCGCCUGCUUCAUUGCCAUGUUCUUCCCUAUAAGAUCUCUGCUGCUGAUGGGAGCACUCACAGUGAUAGGAAGUGCAGUUGGAGCUUUUAUAAUGAGCAUGGCAGUGCUGAGUCCCUGCCCACUGCUGGUUAAUGAAGCUUCAGGUAGUGUCAUCAUUGUGUUGGCCUGGAUCCUGUUUGCUCUCACUCUGUCCUAUGUGAAGGUGAUCAUUGGGGUGAUCCUGCGGGAUGAGGGUCACAGCGCCCUCGUGUGGUGUGGAGCUGUGGUGCAGCUGGGCUCUCUUCUGGGAGCUGUCACCAUGUUUCCACUGGUCAGUGUCUACAGCUACUUUUCAUCGGGGGAUCCGUGCAACACAAAAUGUCCCUAAAUGAAGAGGUCAUGAAGAAGAGACUGGAGGCAGAUAAAGCGACAGCUCAAGAUGUUUCACAUCUUUGGUUGCACAAUGAUCCACGAUUGUGGAGCAAGCAUUGGUUUGUUCUUACCAGGAUUUAUUUACUUAGCAUCAUCUGAAUCUCAACCUGUCAUCUGAGAGAUUUUGCUUGUUACAAGAAAAGCAAACCACAAAUAGCCUACAGAGCUGCAUAAAGUCAUAAUGUAGCUGCUUCAGACAGGAUGGGAUCUUUGCAGAUGUUGUGGAAAUACUCCACUACAAGUCAAAGUCCUGCAUUCAAACCUUACUUAAGUAUUAUCAACUAAAUUUACCUACUUAAAGUAUUAAAGGCAAAAGUACUCACUGUGGAGUUAAUUGUUCCCUGUCAGUAUUAUACUAUUAUAUAUGAUGUUUUUGAAUUAAUAGGGGAGACCAGGGUUGGUUGACAUGCUUUUCACUCUGCCAUACUUUUCUGGCAUAAUUUAUGUGAGAAUAUUAUAACCAGCAGCAAAUGACAGCUUAAGGUCUCACCUAUAACUAUAAGUGUGUUUCAAUUGACACAAAUGUUUUCGAAAACCUAGCGAUGAAUGAUUAAAGUCUUGUGCAUUUGUGCCAAACCAGUCCCAUCACAGGUUGCUUGGCACAAUGUUAAAUUGCUAUAAUUAUGAAAAAGAAGCAAACAAUAGAAACAAUUUGAACAUUUAAUUUAAAAAAGAGCUAGAAAACAUGAACAUUUAACAGAAUAUCUGUCCAUUUUAAAAGCAAACAACAUUCCUAGGAAGUUCAUCAGUAGGGAUGUCUAAUUACUCUUCCCAUGGACCAUCCAAAGAAAUAAUAAUUAACUAUCAAUACAAACAUUGUUUUUGAUCUUUCAAUAUAGUUUUAAUGUCAAAAAAUACAGUUACAGCUAAUUGGAAAAUUGGAUGGACAAUGUGCCAACCAACCUCUGCUAACAUCUCAGCCACUGCCAUCACUCAUUAGACUUUCAAAUCUUAUAUCAAAAUGUAGCUGACUCCUUUGUCUCAAAUAGAAGUAACUGACUUCCAGAAGGUUCAACACAAUAGAUGAGCAAACAUUGUGAUGUUACAUUUUUGUUUCUGUGACUUUCAAAAGACCAGAAAAUAGCUGUGUGCCAACCAACCCCGGUCUCCCCUACUGCUGCAUUAUGUUGGAUUAUACUGCUGUAGAUUUUGAAGCUUGUGCUCAUUUUAACUACUGUGUGUGUGUGU